AUGUCCGUUAUUUUAGUAUCCGCUGGUUAUGACCACACGAUUAGAUUCUGGGAAGCUCUUACUGGAGUUUGUUCAAGGACAAUCCAGCACUCUGACUCACAGGUCAAUCGCUUAGAAAUCACCAAUGACAAAAAGCUAUUAGCCACUGCAGGCCACCAGAACGUACGACUUUAUGACAUUCGGACAACAAACCCCAAUCCUGUGGCGUCUUUCGAAGGACAUCGAGGAAAUGUUACAUCGGUUUCUUUUCAACAGGACAAUAGAUGGAUGGUGACUUCUAGUGAGGAUGGAACAAUUAAAGUGUGGGACGUGCGUUCCCCYUCCAUUCCUAGAAAUUAUAAGCACAAUGCGCCUGUGAAUGAAGUGGUAAUACAUCCCAACCAAGGGGAAUUAAUAUCAUGUGAUAGAGAUGGUAAUAUAAGGAUAUGGGACUUGGGAGAAAAUCAGUGUACUCAUCAAUUGACGCCUGAGGACGACACCUCUCUACAGUCUUUAUCAAUGGCAAGUGAUGGGUCUAUGCUGGCCGCAGCGAACAGUAAAGGCAAUUGCUACGUGUGGGAAAUGCCUAAUCAUACCGAUGCAUCACAUCUUAAACCAGUGACCAAAUUCAGAGCACAUUCUACUUAUAUAACCAGAAUUUUAUUAUCUUCUGAUGUGAAACAUUUGGCGACAUGCUCUGCGGAUCAUACGGCUCGUGUGUGGUCUAUUGAAGAUGACUUUAAAUUGGAAACGACAUUGGAUGGCCACCAAAGAUGGGUUUGGGAUUGUGCAUUUAGCGCUGACAGUGCGUACUUAGUAACUGCAUCAUCUGAUCAUUAUGUUAGGCUAUGGGAUUUAUCAACAAGAGAGAUCGUCAGACAGUACGGGGGACAUCACAAGGGUGCUGUAUGUGUAGCACUGAACGAUGUAUAA